AAUGCAUGCGUCAAAGGGGAUCUCCGUUUAGAGGUUGCAACAUAGAUAUAAGCAUUUAGAUAUAUACGCUGUUGUAGGACUUGAAACAGCCAUUUUAAAAGCAUCUGAUAAACCUCUCUGAAAGUGUGAUGUGACCUCUUUAUUGGCUUUCAUUUACAAAGGCAAAAUAUGCUUUCUGGAGCUGGAGGAAUAUGGACUCUCAUUUCUAACAUGUCUGGUCGAUUCUGAUAAAAUGUCACUUUCGUCAGCUACUCUGCCCAGGAAAGAGAAGUGAGAAGCUUGCGACCAGCUGGAGGAAGUCAGGACAGAAGGCACAACACGGAUUGACUCCACAUCAAGAUUUAACGUAAAGUCACCAGCAUGGAUGUGGAUUAUGUCGAAUAUGGCGAUUACACUCCUGACAAUGAAACUGAGAACAGCUCCAGCACAUCUGUGAACUUCAGCAGUUCUCAGUCGCAGUCUUUGACUCAUGUCCUGGUAGUGAUAAAUAUCAUUAUAUCUGUUAUUGGCCUUGGAGGAAAUUCGCUAGUGAUCUGGAUCUGUGGAUGGAAAAUGAAGAGAACUGUCCUCACCACUUGGUACAUCAGUUUGGCCAUUUCAGACUUUCUGUUCUGUGCCUUUUUGCCCCUUGAAGUUUUCUACAUGAUCACCUCACACUGGCCUUUUGGACUGGUGUUGUGUAAGCUCACCUCUUCCGCCCUGUUUCUCAACAUGUACAGCAGUGUGUUCCUGUUGGUUCUGAUCAGCAUGGAUCGCUGUUUAAUGAUCUCCUUUCCCGUGUGGUCACAUAACCAUCGGACAGUGCGGAGAGCGUUUGGAGUCGUUCUGCUCAUGUGGCUCCUUUCUGCCCUCCUGACGCUGCCUUCACUGAUCUUUAGGCAGAUCACAGUCCACGGUUCAGUCACGCAGUGCUACACAGGUUACAUGGGCCACUCCAGACACAGGGCGGUGGUACUAAUCCGGUUCAUCUGUGGGUUCCUGAUCCCCUUCCUGAUGAUGGUGUUCUGCUGCUCAGUGCUCAGUGUUAAGCUGAGUCGUUUGACCAUGAAGUCAACAAAGCCGUACAAAGUCAUGGCGGCUCUCAUCCUGACGUUUUUCUUCUGUUGGGUGCCCUAUCAUAGCUUCGUUCUCUUAGAGUUGGACCUGAAGAACCAAAGCCUGGAAGUACUUCAGAUUGGCCUGAAGGUGGGGGCCACGCUGGCUUCAGCAAACAGCUUCAUUUCCCCGGUUCUCUACGUGUUUAUUGGUAACGACUUUAAACAAAUUCUAAAACGCUCUUUGACAUCAAGGAUAGAGGAUGCCAUGGCUGAGGAUUUCCGCACAGAAAGGUCAAGGUCAAAGACAAUGGAAGUUAUCCAGAAUCAAGUGUUAUAAAGGACAAGAACCCACUGACUUGAGGCGAGGCUCAACAUGUUGCUCAGGAUAAGAUCAGGUGGAAGCAGAUAGGAAGAAGGAAUUAAGCAACAUGAACCCAGAGUCAAAAAUGAUCCUAAACAUUUUUUCAUUGACAGAAUCAAAUGUUUUUGCAUGUUCAACCUCAGGUGCACCCUACUGUAAAUACAUGUAUGAUUUAUUUAUCAUGAUGAUGAAGCCUCAUGCAUUUUUAACACAAUUUAAAAAUUGCAUUACAUAAUGUUAUUUAGGACUUUGUUGGUGAGUAAGUGAUUUUCUCACUGACAUCUCAGACAUUUUAAAUCUUUAGAUGUAUUAUAUCUGUAAAUUCAUUAUGUUUUCAAAUCAGCUUGCUUGAAAUUGUCUUGUGUACUAGUGGUAAACAUUUUGAAUCAUAUUCAGCCUUUAAAAUAUAUUAUGCUUUUGAAGGGAGUUGUCUUUAUUGGAGUGUAUAAAAGGAACUUUGCUUGUUGUAACUUCCUCCUGCAAAGUUUGUGAAAUGAAAACUUCUCUUAAAAGUUACCCUGCUGAAUGGUGUGUGGUUCUUUUUUUAUUUCUGUGUUCGCUUUUUUAAUAAAACUUUGAAUCGCC